AUGUACCGAGUCUCUCAACUGAUGUCGACACCAAUAGCAAAUUCCACCAGGUCACACAAAGGACAUUCUGGAGAGCUGUCCCCCACAUGCAUUUUCCCAAGCUUUGAUUGUGGCUUCUUGGAUGGAGAGAGUUCUUUUGAAUGCUGCUCCAUAGACCCCCUGACAGGCUCCCACUAUGCCUGUCGCAGAAGCCCCCGACUCCUCACCAAUGGCUACUACAUUUGGACUGAGGACAGUUUCCUUUGUGACGCAGAUGGCCACAUCACUCUGAACCCCUCCCAUACCAGUGUUAUGUACAAGGAGAACUUAGUUAGAAUAUUUAGAAAGAAGAAGAGAACCCACCGUUCUCUUUCUUCUCUCCUGGACCUCAGAGCCUCUAAAUCUUGGCUGCAUGGAAGAAUCUUUGGAGAUGCUGAUUCACUUCCAAGUGAGGACAUCUGGCUGGAGGGCAUCAGAAGCUUGGGUAUGUACCACUGCAAUGAAAAUGGAAGUGAUCUGGACUGUUCUUCCCUGAGUGAUGGAUGGGAGUCUCAGAAGCCAAUCACAGACACUUCAGAAGCCUCCUCUUCUGGCCACAUCCUGUCUCAGCAUCUCAAAGAAAGCUCCGAGAAUUCCACUCUUCAGCCUCAGAUGAGAACAUCAGCACAUUUCCAAAAGAACAUUUCAGUGCAUUCAAAAGCUGGUCUGAUGCAUAAGAUCUCCUUUCAAGCAAUCCUGCUCACAGUGUGCUUAAUCAUCUCUGCAUGUGCAAGGUGGUUUAUAGGAGGAGAAUUAGCCAGCAUCUUUCUCUGCACAGUGGUGGUCACAACAGCAUACGUUGCGAAGCCGCUGUUUCUCAGCCUUGCCAGAUAUCUCAAAGCCACCGCCUGGGCUAAGUAA